GGUCAUUUAAGAAAUCGUAAAUCAUGUGAAGAUGGGACUCUUGGUAUUUGUGCGCAAUCUGCUGCUAGCCCUCUGCCUCUUUCUGGUACUGGGAUUUUUGUAUUAUUCUGCGUGGAAGCUACACUUACUCCAGUGGGAGGAGGACUCCAGUAAGUAUAGUCACUCUAGCUCAUCCCAGGAGAAGCCUGUUUCAGAUUCAGUGGUUCUUUCCUUUGACUCCGCUGGACAAGCACUAGGCUCAGAGUAUGAUCGGUUGGGCUUCCUCCUGAAUCUGGACUCUAAACUCUUACCGAGGACUCUCUCUGCACAGUGGUUUUUGACCUUGACUGCAGAUUGGAAUCACCUAGAGAGCCUAAAAAAUUACUGAUGCCUGCAUCCCAUCCUCUAGAGAUUUUGAAGCCAUUGAGCGAGGACACAGCCUUUGCAUUAGGAUUUUUAAAGCUGCCCAGGCCUGCUGAGUUAGCCACCAAGUACGCAAACUUUUCAGAGGGAGCUUGCAAGCCUGGCUAUGCCUCAGCCUUGAUGACGGCCAUCUUCCCCCGGUUCUCCAAGCCAGCACCCAUGUUCCUGGAUGACUCCUUUCGCAAGUGGGCUAGAAUCCGGGAGUUUGUGCCGCCUUUUGGGAUCAAAGGUCAAGACAAUCUGAUCAAAGCCAUCUUGUCAGUCACCAAAGAGUACCGCCUGACCCCUGCCUUGGACAGCCUCCGCUGCCGCCGCUGCAUCAUCGUGGGCAAUGGAGGCGUUCUUGCCAACAAGUCUCUGGGGUCACGAAUUGACGACUAUGACAUUGUGGUGAGACUGAACUCAGCACCAGUGAAAGGCUUUGAGAAGGAUGUGGGCAGCAAAACGACACUGCGCAUCACCUACCCCGAGGGCGCCAUGCAGCGGCCUGAGCAGUACGAGCGCGAUUCUCUCUUUGUCCUCGCUGGCUUCAAGUGGCAGGACUUUAAGUGGUUGAAAUAUAUCGUCUACAAGGAGAGAGUGAGUGCAUCGGAUGGCUUCUGGAAAUCUGUGGCCACUCGAGUGCCCAAGGAGCCCCCUGAGAUUCGAAUCCUCAACCCAUAUUUCAUCCAGGAGGCUGCCUUCACCCUCAUUGGCCUGCCCUUCAACAAUGGCCUCAUGGGCCGGGGGAACAUCCCUACCCUUGGCAGUGUGGCAGUGACCAUGGCACUACACGGCUGUGACGAGGUGGCAGUUGCAGGAUUUGGCUAUGACAUGAGCACACCCAACGCACCCCUGCACUACUAUGAGACCGUUCGCAUGGCAGCCAUCAAAGAGUCCUGGACGCACAAUAUCCAGCGAGAGAAAGAGUUUCUGCGGAAGCUGGUGAAAGCUCGCGUCAUCACUGAUCUAAGCAGUGGCAUCUGAGUGGGUCCAGCACACGGCCAUAGAGGCCCAGGCACCACCAGGAGCAGCAGCAGCCAGCACCACCUACACAGGGGUCUUCAGACACAGAGAAGGACAGUGCCAAGGGCCCCAGGGGCAGCAAGGCCUUGGUGGAGCAGCCGGAGCUGUGCCUGCUCAGCAGCCAGUCUCAGAGACCAGCACUCAGCCUCAUUCAGCAUGGGUCCUUGAUGCCAGACGGCCAGCAGGCUCCUGGCUGUGCCCAGCAGACCCAGCAUGCAGGCAGGGGGACACUGGGCAGCAAGGCUGCUGCCAGAAUCACUUCUCCAAUCAGUGUUUGGUGUAUUAUCAUUUUGUGAAUUUGGGUAGGGGGGAGGGUAGGGAUAAUUUAUUUUUAAAUAAGGUUGGAGAUCUCAAGUUGGGUCCACUUGCCAUGCAGGAAGAGGCCCACUAGAGGGCCCAUCAGGCAGUGUUACCAGUUAGCUCCCUGUGGGGCAGGAGUGCCAUGACCAGCCUGUACCUUGCUCUGGAGCUACAGGGUGGUGGGCAGGAUCUCAAGCCAGCCGCCUCCAGCUCAUGACACUGUUUGGCCUUUCUUGGGGGAGAAGAUGGGGUAUUCCCACUCACCAGCCCUAGCUGUCCCAUAGGGAAACCCUGGAGCCGUCCCUUUGGAGCCAACAAGACCGCCCCAGGGCUACAGCAGAACUUUAAAGCUCAGGAGGGUGACGCCUGGCUCGGCCUGCUGGGAAGAGCUCCCCUCCACAGCCGCGGCUGAUCCGCAGGACUACCGCAGGCCUGGACUCACCAACUUGCCACAUGGUCUAGGUUUCAGCAACAAGACUGCCAGGUGGUUGGGUUCUGCCUUUAGCCUGGACCAGAGGGAAGUGAGGCCCAAGGACCUUACCUAAGCUGUGGCAGCCAUCCCAGGCCACCCCCGUGGAAGCAAUAAAGCUCUUCCCCGAG